AUCACUAUCUGUCAAACAAAGCGUCGAUUGAAAAGGGGCCGAGAAAGUUUUUACAUUUUGUAGUGAAAAUAAGUGAUAAUAUUCAGUGAAAACUGAUUGGAGUUGUAUUCUUUGCGUAUUAAAGAACGCUGCUUUGAAACCAGAAUGUCUCAAGACAAAGAGGGACCAUUGCCCGAAGGAUGGGAGAUGAGAACGAGCCGCUCCACUGGUAUGACUUAUUUCCUCAAUACUUACACUAAAAAGUCGCAAUGGGAACGUCCGGAGGCGCCAGCAGACCCCGGAGAGAUCAGAUGCAGCCACAUCUUAGUGAAACACGCAGAGAGCCGUCGCCCUUCGUCAUGGCGCGAGGAAAAAAUCACAAGAACCAAAAACGAGGCUAUGGAUUUGGUUAAAACCUACCGCAAACAAAUAGUCAGCAACGACACAGCGUUCGUUGACAUAGCAUCUAAGUAUUCGGACUGCUCUUCAGCUAAACGUGGUGGUGAUCUUGGUCUGUUCGGUCGAGGACAGAUGCAACCUGCGUUUGAAGAUGAAGCGUUCAAAUUAAAGGUGGNGAAGGUGGGGCAGCUUAGCAAACCUGUAGAAACUGAUUCUGGAGUUCAUAUCAUCCUUAGAACAGCCUAAUGUUUUUAGUGAUUAUAAGAUAAGUAUUUCUCUAUAUUGUGAAAUUAGGAAAUUGUAUACCAAAUUUUUCGAAGUCUGUAUUUUAAUAUCUGUCUUAAAUCUGCCUACUUACGGCACAUCAGGCUUAUACAUUUAUGUAUUAAACUGGCACGUACUACUUCUACAUAAGAUGCCACAUCGAAAAACUUGAUGUGCUGUUAUCUAUUCAUAAUUCAAUGUAUCCAUCUACCAUAAAUAAGUCUUUAAUUUGUCAGUGAAAUGUAAAAUGAUAAUAUUCUUAUUUUGCAAUAUUGUUGAUUAAUAGUUUAAGUAUUUCCUUGAGAAGUAUGAAUUCUAAUUCUAGUGUCCAAUAUUUGAUUGAAAUUUAACUACUGUGCAAAAUCAACCGAAUCUCAUAACUAAAUAUCUACCUCUCUAUUCACUCAUCAGGCUAUGGGACUGUAUUUCUAUCACCAAUUUAUAUUUUGUGGUGCAUGUGGUUGAACAUUCCAUAUCUGAUGUAGAUGUCAUACAAUGUCAAAUAGCUUUUUGAGUAUAUUUUCUGUCUUUAGUUCUAUCUAGUAUGAUUCUGGUAAGCUAAUUAAAUCUUCUUUCAUGGAAAAACGCAAUUUUGAAUGUAUGUGUCUCAAUUCUAUUCGACAGCUAUUGUUUUGUAAUAUAUAUAGGUUUAAAGAUGUCUAAAUUAUAGUAUAACUACCAUUGGCGAGGGGGUGCAUAACAUAAUAUACUUUCCUACCUCGAAAUAAAUGAAUGCCUGUUGCUGCCAAUAAUUUUUAAAAAACAAUUUUAUAAUUAAGACCUCCAAAUUUUAUAAUUAGUAUUUUUUGCACCAAUGUUUAAAAAUAUCAGUAUUGAAUAUAAAGCAGGAUAAAUCCCAAGCUAAAGAAUGUGCUAUUAGAAACUUCUAGGAUGGAUAGUCUUGAAAGACGUAAAAAUAUUUUGGUAACCCAAAAAAGAGAAUUGUAAAUUUUUAAAUACCUAAGUCGUGUGGGGUAUCAAA